GCUGCUGUGGCCGUGAAUUGGAUAAGUUCCAUGAUUACUACUCUGCUAUAUUAUCCAUUAAACGAAGCUGUUCAAGGCUGGAGUUAUCUAUUGUUUAUAGUUCCUACAGCUCUCUUCCUUAUAAUCUUGUUCUUCCUUCUACCCGAGACCAGGUUUCACUACCGCUCAGAUCUCAUGGAAAGCCGCCUAUUAGCAGAUUUGGGACCGCCAACUCCAUAUGGGACAUUCGAGGAUGACGAGCUCGAUCUGUUUUAA